UUUCUGCGACCGGAACCGAGUCUUGUUUUACCUGAUUAUUAUCUGGUGAUCUGUUGGAAUUUGGGGGGUCCCGUCUGUACAUCUGUAGCGCGUUUGUGACUGUGCGUGUUUGCGUGUUUUUUGUUUGUUUGUUUGUUUUUGUGAUCAUGAACAAAUUGUACGUGGGAAACCUGAGUCCCUCGGUAACGGUGGACGAUCUGAAACGGUUGUUCGGUGAGUGCCAGCUACCCGUGUCUGACCGGACUGUGCUGCUCAAGUCCGGCUAUGCUUUUGUGGAUUUUCCUGAUCAGAAGUGGGCCAUCAAAGCUAUUGAAACGCUUUCAGGCAAAGCUGAAUUGCAUGGAAAAGUGAUUGAGGUGGACUACUCGGUUCCCAAAAAACUAAGGAGUCGUAAGAUUCAGAUCCGGAACAUUCCCCCUCAUCUGCAGUGGGAGGUCCUAGACAGCCUGUUAUCACAGUACGGCUCAGUAGAAAAUGUGGAGCAAGUGAAUGCUGACUCAGACGCUGCUGUGGUCAACGUCACGUACGCAUCGAAAGAGGAAGCUAAGGAGGCGAUUGAAAAGCUGACAGGCCACAGCCUGGACAAUCACUCCUUUAGCGUGUCAUACAUUCUGGACGUGGAGGGGAGUGGGAACGAGAAUAAAGGGGGACCCCAGGCCCAGCGGGGAUCGUCCCGAGGGGGCAGAGGAUUUCGGGAAUCUGACUCGACUCAUCCUGGAGCCAUGGGGGGCCUGCAGGGACCCCAGCACACACACCAGGAGCUUCCCCUGCGACUGCUCGUCCCCACACAGUUUGUAGGAGCCAUCAUCGGUAAAGAAGGACUGACCAUCAAGAACAUCACCAAGGAGAGCCAGUCUAAAGUGGACAUCCAUCGCAAAGAGAAUGCGGGAGCGGCGGAGAAGCCCAUCACCAUUCACUCAUCUCCAGAGGGCUGCUCACAUGCCUGCAGGAUGAUCCUGGAAGUCAUGGAGAAAGAAGCCAACGACACGAAGAUUGCUGAGGAAGUUCCUCUUAAGAUUUUGGCUCAUAACAGUCUAGUAGGAAGACUGAUCGGGAAAGAAGGCAGAAACCUGAAAAAGAUUGAGCAGGACACUGGGACCAAGAUCACCAUCUCCUCGCUGCAAGACUUGACCAUAUACAACCCGGAGCGUACCAUCACAGUAAGAGGAGGGGUGGAGGAGUGCUCUAACGCUGAGGUGGAAAUCAUGAAGAAGCUUAGAGAGGCCUACGAGAAUGACGUGGCAGCCGUAAAUCUGCAGACGGCACUGAUUCCGAGUCUGAGUGCCUUGGGCAUCUUCUCUCCCGCUCUGCCGGUUCUGUCUUCAGCUGCAGGUCCUCGCGGAAUCCCGACCACAUACAACCCCUUACUGGGUCAGGCGUCAGCACUGGCCGGUUUAUAUGGAUCUCCUCCCACUUUACCCCUCCAGCAACCAGUAAAUGUUCCAGAGCAGGAGGUGGUGUAUCUCUUUAUCCCCACUCAAGCAGUUGGUGCUCUAAUAGGAAAGAAAGGGCAGCACAUCAAGGAACUGGCACGCUUUGCUGGAGCUUCUAUAAAAAUUGCUUCAUCAGACAGCCCGGAUGCUCCUGAAAGGAUGGUCAUCAUCACUGGCCCCCCUGAAGCCCAGUUUAAGGCCCAGGGUCGUAUAUACAGGAAGCUGAAGGAGGAGAACUUUUUUACAGCUAAGGAAGAAGUAAAGCUGGAGACUCAUAUCAAAGUCCCUGCUGCUGCAGCUGGCCGAGUUAUAGGCAAGGGUGGUAAAACGGUAAAUGAACUGCAGAAUCUCACCAGUGCUGAGGUCAUUGUUCCACGGGACCAAACACCCGACGAGAAUGAUGAGGUGUUUGUGAAGAUCAUCGGCCACUUUUUUGCCAGUCAGACUGCACAGCGGAAGAUCAGGGAAAUCAUUCAACAAGUCAAACAGCAGCAGCAGAAGAACCAGCAGGGGUCGUCGACGUCGUCGCAGAACACCAAGUGACCGGCGGAGGGCGUCAUCAAGCAGCAGCCUAUGAAUGUAGCUCGUCCGAGCGCAGACCAAAAGGGCGCGACAGAACGAAAAACUGCGGGUACGUGAAGAACAAGCGGCAAGAUUGAAACCAAAGAACUUUCUAAAACGUGGCAGAGCCUUACUGAGAAUCCACGAGUGCUCUGAACUCGACGUAUGAACGAGUUAACGCGACGGCGGCCGUCUGACGCUAAAAGACGUCGAGAUGCCGUCUAACGGUACCACUGGGGUUGGAUCUGUUCUCUAAGAAGCACACCUUAUUACAUAAACAGAAGUCAUGCUGCCUGUGAGACAAUCUUACCAGCAAGCAUCAAGGGGUUUUUUUUGACGGGCGGCCGUAAGCACACUCAGGCCGAGCGUGAGCACACUGUGUAAAUGUAGCCUGAGUAGAGUUUAACAAAACGAGCAGGAGAUGCAGAGAGCAUUUUAAAAUAAGUAGCUCUUUCUAACGGUGGUAAUUAGAAGACUUAGAAUAAUGUGCUUUGUAUCACGUCGUCUGUAGCCUUAGUUUUAGUUUUUAAAAAGUCAACUUAAGAAUCUUAGGGCAGCACUUUUUUAGUAUUCAAGUAUUCAAAUGGUUAGCAAGUUCAGUUUUGCCCAAAUCAGUACAGAUUUCUCACCUGGUCAAGGAUUAUAGCACUUAUUACUAGGGCUGGAUGAUACAGCAAAAAUUAUAUUGUUUUUUAAACUAUAACUUAAGUUUUUUAACUUAUAACUUAACUCCAAGGUACAAUAUCAGAAAAGUCAUGUGUAUACAUAAGGUGUACACAUUGUUUUUUACAUCUUAGACAUAACCCUGAACCCUAAACCGGUUAUUUAACAUACAGAAAGGGCACGGUGGCUAAGUGGGUAGCACUGUCACUUCAUAGCAAGGGUUUGAUCCCCAGGUGGGUCCUUUCUGUCCAGUCCAGGUCCUUUCUGUGUAAGUUUACUCCGGGGACUCUGGUUUCCUCCCACAGUCCAAAGACAUGCAGUGAGGUGAACUGGAGACACAAAAUUGUCCAUGAUUGUGUUCGAUAUAACCUUGUGAACUGAUGAAUCUUGUGUAAUGAGUAACUACCGUUCUUGUCAUGAAUGUGACCAAAGUGUAAAACAUGACUAAAAUCCUAAUAAACAAACAAACAA